AUGAAAUUUACUUCAUCUUCCAAGAAAGACCCAAGCUCUGCGACAUUUGAUGAAGUGACGAAAUCUACUUGCGGUAUCAACACAAUGAGCCGUGUUGUGAAGAGGAAAAUCCAGAAUAUUAAGCCUAUGGUUGAGUACAAUAAAAGUGGCAGACCACAUGGCAAGGCUGCUAUUGAGAUGCAGAGUUACAUUGGUGUUUUGGCACACACCAAAGUCCUUCUUGUGGACAAGAAAUGGACUCAAUUGCCCAAGGACCUGAAGGAGCAGAUUUGGGAAGCUGUUCAAAUGGCUUAUGUUGUUGGGGAAGGGGGCAAGUAG